CAGCAGCAGCAUUCACUUGGACAGCUACUUCCACUUGUCUUGGCCCUGACAAUGGCCGUGGCAAUGGCCCAACAGCCCAAUCUGGAGCAGCUGCGUCAACUGGGUCUGGGCAAUGUGAUCAACCUGCCGCUCUACACCGAUCUGCCACGUUCGAGCUACGAUUUCAUUGUGGUGGGCGCCGGGGCCGCUGGCUGCACUGUUGCCGCUCGCCUCUCGGAGAAUCCCAGUUGGAAUGUUUAUUUGAUUGAGGCAGGCGGCGUGGAGAAUAUUAUGCACCAGGUGCCAGUGCUGGCACCCAGUCUGCAGCUGACCGCCUCCAACUGGAACUAUCAAUCGCAGCCACAACGUCAUGCCUGCCACGGGAUGCCCGGCAAUCGGUGCGCCCUGCCGCGUGGCAAAGUCCUUGGCGGCACUAGUUCCAUCAAUUUCAUGAUAUACAAUCGCGGCAAUCGUCGCGACUUUGAUGCCUGGGCGGAACGUGGCAAUUACGGCUGGAGCUACAACGAGGUCCUUCCCUACUUCCUACGCAGCGAGUCCGCCCAGCUGCAGGGAUUGAAACACUCACCGUAUCACAAUCACAGCGGUCCACUUAAUGUCGAGGACGUGCGCCAUCGCACCCAGUUGGUGCAUGCGUAUGUACGUGCUGCACAGCAGGCGGGUCACUCUAGGACCGACUAUAACGGGGAGUCCCAGCUGGGCGUCUCCUAUGUGCAGGCGAACACGCUCAAGGGUCGUCGGCAGAGCGCUUUUCGCGCCUACAUUGAGCCAGUGCGCAAUUUGCGACGCAAGAAUCUGCACAUACUAACCAUGGCGCGGGUCACCAAAGUGCUCAUUGAUGACACUACCAAUUCCGCAUAUGGCAUCGAGCUGAUUCACGCCGGUGUUCGGCAUCAGGUGCGUGCACGUAAGGAGGUCAUCCUGUCGGCGGGCGCCUUCAACUCGCCGCAGUUGCUGAUGCUGUCGGGCAUUGGACCGGAGGACAAUCUGAAGGCCAUCGGGUUGCCCGUGAUUCAGGCGCUGCCGGUGGGUAAACUCCUGUACGAUCACAUGUGCCACUUUGGACCCACCUUUGUCACGAAUACAACGAACCAGUCCAUCUUUACUUCCAAGUUCACAGCGCCCAUGAUGAAGGACUUUCUGCUGGGCCGCGCGGACACGCAGCUGUCGAGCAUCGGCGGCGUGGAGUCGCUCACCUUCAUCAAGGUGCCAACGGCUCAGACACCGCCCCAACAGCCAGAUAUUGAGAUUAUUCAGGUCGCUGGCAGCCUGGCCAGCGAUGAAGGCACUGCAUUGACGCGUGGCGCCAACUUUAAGCCAGAAAUCUAUGAGAAGAUGUAUCGAAAGCUGGCCAGGCACCAAAAAGAUCACUUCACCUUCCUCAUCAUGCAGUUCAAACCACAAUCUGUGGGUCGCCUCUGGCUGCACAAUCGCAGUCCGUUGGAAUGGCCGCGCAUUGAUCCCAAGUACCUUACCGCCGAGCAAGAUGUGGAGGAGCUGCUCGAUGGCAUCAAGGAGGCCAUCCGGAUAACUCAAAUGCCCGCCCUAAAAGCAAUUGGUACUACACUACUCGAUCGCCCAGUGCCUGGCUGUGAGGAGUUCAGCUUUGGAUCGGAUGAUUACUGGCGCUGCUCGAUUCGCACCAUGUCGUACACACUGCACCACCAAGUGGCCACCUGCCGCAUGGGUCCAGCCACAGAUCCCAGUGCUGUAGUCAGUCCGCAGCUCAAGGUGCAUGGCGUGCGAAAGCUACGUGUGGUGGAUACCAGCAUCAUCCCAUUGCCACCCACAGCACACACAAAUGCAGCGGCCUUUAUGAUCGGCGAGAAGGCGGCUGACCUGAUAAGGGCCGAUUGGAGCUGAGCUCCAAAUGACCUAUAGCCGAAUCUGAAUCUGGGGCAUGACUCAAAACUGUAAAUGGGUCAAUAAAAUGCGAGUCGAAAGCAUGACGUAUGCGAAUGAGAAUCGAUAAAGGAGAAUGGACAAUGAGAACAUAAGAACGAGAUCGAGAAUGAGAAUGAGAAUGAGAACCAGUCUAACGGGUUUCCAGCGUGACCCAAAAUGUAUUAAAUCGAUAGACUGCAGUAAUUUUAGACUUUUGGGUAGUGUUUUCGAGGCGAAACGAAUCCGCACCAAUGAACAUUAUGAAUAUUAUGAUUGCGCAUACCCUGUAACAAUAUUAUGUAUGCAUAUUUACUCGCAUAAAAUAUCUACUAAAUGCAUUUUGU